AUGGCCGAACCAGAAGUCACCAGAGCAAACAUGUCACCGCCUACAGGCGAGCAGUCCCAUUCCACACAGACUGUAGACUCAGGUAUCCCGGACCGAACUCUCGUUGUCCGUCCCCACGCUCAUAGCACCAGCUUCCUCACAAGAUUUUGCUAUCACAUCCUCGGCGCCGGAUUCGCAUUCUUACUAAGCCCCUUUGAAUUCAUGUGGCCCAACUAUGCACCGCUUGAACCAACAGGCUAUGAGGCACGCACGAGGAGAGUACUGAGAGCCACACCCUUAAUUGACGGACACGACGACUUGCCCUGGAAGCUGCGCAUAGAGCUGCACGAGCAGAUCUACGAUGACAGGGCCAUCAAAGAAAUAAACCGGAUAGGCAUGAUCGUAGACCUGUCGCACGUCUCGCACCAGACCAUGCGAGACGUGCCUAGCGUGACAGAAGGCCCCGUAGUCUUCUCGCACUUAGGCGCGUAUGGCGUGACGCCGCAUCUGCGAAACGUGCCUGACGACGUGCUCCGAGCCGUGAAGCGCAACGGUGGUAUCGCGAUGGCCAUCUUUGUGAACCGCUUCAUCAAAUCGGGAGACCCCGAUCAAGCGACGAUCUACGAUGUGGUCGACCACAUCUGGCACAUCGCCGAAGUGUGCGGCUGGGAGUGCGUCGGGGUUGGUAGCGAUUUCUCCGGGACGCGGUUCGUGCCCGUGGGGCUGGAAGAUGUUUCCAAGUAUCCUGAUCUUGUGGAACUCCAGAUGGAGCGUGGCGCCACCGACGAGCAGAGGGCACGUGAGAUCCAAGCUACUGGAAGAAGGCCAGUGGAAGACGAAUACGAAGGGAGGGAGUGGUCAAAGGGGUUGAAAGACUCGCCUUGGACGUUGAGAGGGAGUGCGGAUAAGCCUAAAGUUGACGAAGGAGCACAGCCACUCAAAAACGUAUAA